UAAGAAAUUGAUAUGAUAAAGGAUCUCGCGUGUCCGUGUGUUUUUGCCUUAUGCCGUAUUUGUUGUUCACCUCUGUUAAUACAAAUCAAUCGUGAAAUAAAAAUAAAUCUGUUGCUGAAUGUGCUGUCGUUGUUUGAUUUUCGCGUCGAAUAGCCGAAGAGAAAAUAAUUAUUUAUCUAGUUUUUUAAUAUGAGCAUGUUACAUGUUAACUCACCGGACAAUAACACAAGUUCUGACGAGGAGGAAGAAGAUGAAGAAGCCAAGGAAUUGACAGAUGAUGUGGAGAAGAGUUUUUUCAAAGCGCUAUCUUGUCUUAAAAAAAAUGAUCCUAAGAUUUAUGAUGAAUCUGUUAAUUUUUUCGAUCAAUCAACCCGACGGACUACCAAAAAAACUGCUGUGAAAAAUUCUAAUCCCAUGUAUUUAGAAGAAUACAAAAGGAAAAUUUUAUUAGAACGUGGUCCAGAAUUUGAUGAUACUGAAGAAGUAAAUGAUGUUUUAAAAAAAGAAAAAAUACGCAUGUCAUCACCCUCAUAUGUAGAAGAACAGCAGGCUAUUAAAGAAAGUUUCAAAGGAGCUCUUGAUGAUAAUUCUGAUGAUGAAGAUAUUUUAAAGCCACGUGUGAAAACUAAAGAAGAGCAGGAAAAAGAAGAUAAAGAUUAUUUAGAGUGGCUUAAAGGGAAUAUAGAUGAACCUGAAGACAAAGAAACUAAGAAUGAUCUUCAAUAUUUACAUGAUUAUUGGAACAAUCCUAAUUUAGAAGAAGGAGAACAAUUUUUAUGUGAUUAUAUCUUAAAUAAAAGAUUUUUAGAAAAACCAAAAGAAGAAAACUUAAUAGAAGAUGAAAUGCAAUUUUCUGAAGAGGAUGAAAUGCUUGAAAAACAUGAAGAGUUUGAACAUAAGUAUAACUUUAGAUUUGAAGAACCUGAUAAAGAGUUUAUUAAAACUUACCCUCGUACAAUGGAAAAUUCAUUAAGGCGCAAGGAAGAAAAACGAAAGAAAAAAAGAGAAGAAUUAACUGAAAGAAAAAAAAAAGAAUUAGAACAACGAUCUUUAGAAAUCAAACAACUCAAAAAAAUAAAAAAAAAAGAAAUUGUUGAUAGAAUUAGAAAACUUCAAGAAAUAACUGGAAAUAAAGGUGUAGGAUUUGAGGAUACAGAAUUAGAAGAAGAUUUUAACCCUACUGAGUAUGAUCGUAAAAUGCAUGAGUUAUUUGACGAAGAAUUUUAUGAUAAAAUGGAUGAUGAAAAACCAGUAUUUGAUAAAGAGGAAGAUGAAUUUAUUAUGGAUUGUGAUUAUGAUCCAAGUAUGGAUAAGAGGGCCAAAAAACAAACUAGAGCUGCAAAGCGAAAAGAAAAAAAGAAAUUAUUAAUUGAUGAAGAAGAAAAAGAUGAAGAAAUCAAUGAUAAUAGAAAAAAUAGAAAAAUACCAAAGUAUAAUUCAGCUAUGGGAUCAUUUGAAAAAUACAUAGAUGAAUAUUACAGCUUAGACUGUGAAGAUGUGGUUAGUGGUGUACCAACACGAUAUACUUAUAAUAAAGUACUUCCCAAUGAUUACGGUCUAACAAUUGAAGAGAUUUUGUUAGCUGAUGAUGAUGAACUUAACAAGUGGUAUCCUUUAGGAAAAUUGACUAAAAUUCAACCUGAAGCAGUUCAAAAAUUUGAAGCUAAAAUUUAUAAACGGAAAGCCAAGGAUAUAGAAUUAAAAAAGAAAAUUUUGCCCAGUCUUUUUAAAGAAGAAUUAAAUGAACUAAAUGAAAUACAAGAAGAAAAUAAAGAAACCAUAUCAAAAAAAAAUAAGAAAAAGAAAAAGAAACCGGUUAAGAAUAUUUUCAAAGUAGAAGAAGUAUCACCUGAAAACAAUAAUGAAACUAAGGAUAUAAAAGAAAAUAAUAGUUAUCAGUUUAAAGAUACAAUUGUUGAAGAUUGUGAAAAAGAUCAAACAAGUCCUUCUCAAAAUACUAAGAAAAUUAAAAAAUUUGAAAAAAAGUUUACGCAAAAUGGAAAUGAAGUUGCUAAAAAUGUUGAAAAAGGUGAAACAAUAAAAAAAGACCUUAUAGCAAAUGGUAAAAAAGAUAUAGCAAAUGAUAAAAAAUGUAAUAAAAAUAUUAAAAAAGGUGAAAAUAAAAACGUAAAUCGUACACCAGAUAGUAAAAAAAUUAAUAAAGUUUUUAAAAAAGGUGAAAAACGAAAAAUAGACCAUAUCAAAAAUGGAUCAAAUAAAAAACGAAAGUUUUCAGAUAAGAAGUUUAAAUCUAAUAAAGAAUCUAGUGCUCUAGAAUUAAUGACAGAUGAUCGUUUAAAAGCAUAUGGAAUUAAUCCAAAAAAAUUUAGAAAUAAAUUAAAGUUUGGUAAUAAACAAUAAAACUAUUAAAUAGUUAAA